AUGCUCAAAAAAGGAUCAGAGACCUAUAAUGCACUAGCUUCAAGAGUAAAAAUUUAUGAGUUCGAUAGAAUUCUGCAGGCAUUCCUCAAAUACAAUAUUUUUGAAGGGUUUAAUGAUGGACAAAUGUAUUUGUUUUUUGAGCAUAUUGAAGGUAUUGAAAAAUAUAUUGAAAAAAUACUUUCUGAUAUUAGCGAGGAAUCUAACGAAGUAUCUGGGCAUAGCAUUUCCUAUCCAGUUCGUAAAAAGUUCUAUGAUCUAAUCUGCGAUUUUUCUCAGGAUGAGUUUCAAUCCAAGACUCAAACGUUGAUUGAGCAAAACUUUGAAGGCGAUGCAAGAGAGUUCUUUUUGAAAAAACUGCAAACAUUUAAUAAAAUAAAUUAA